AUGGAGGAGUUGGGCAUUUCCAAGGCAGCGUUAAAAGUUCGCAACUGGCGAAAACCCUGUAAGCUCGAGAUAGAACUCGCCGAACACUAUUACGCGAAGAUCUAUUCUUCUGGGUCAGUUGUGCAAGGUCAUUUAGCUAUCUCGCCGGCUAGCGAUAUUUGUGCUUCCUCCAUCACCAUCUCCUUUGAUGGCACUACAACGAUCCGUACGGUCGGUCAAAAGUUAACAGCUACAACUACACACCGCUUUCUGAAGAUUGACUUAAUUUCCUCCGACAUCCUUGAGUUGGUCUCAACAACACUCACAAAGAACCACUCCUGCAAAAUACCUUUCCAAUUCACUUUACCUUAUCAACUGGAUUCAACGGCUUGCACACACAACGUCGUAUCGACAACUGUCACAGACAAGCACUUAUUCCUCCCUCCAACGAUUGGAGCGGAGUGGAAUCGAGGUGACAUGAGCCCUGGAGUGGUUGAGGUUGAAUAUGGAAUCAAUGCCUGCGUCGUAUCAACUCCAUCUCUGGACACAGGUCACAGUCAAGAUGUAAUGGCCAAGAGAGCCAUACGAUUUAUUCCCAGGUUAACAGAGAGCCCACCUCUCCAUGUGUCGUUGACCAGUCCACGAUACAAGCUGCAAGGUACGAAAUCUCUUCGGAGUAACUCGUUCAAGCGACCGUUCGGCAUCAUCAGCGCCACAGCGAUGCAGCCUGAACCACUUCAUCUCCAAUCUUAUGGAACCGUCAUUACUCCAUCGUUCAUUGAUGUCACCUUGACCUUCAAUCCUGAAAAUGAUGGAAUCACGCCCCCGAAGCUGGAUGGCGUAUCUCUUUCAGUCCGGUCCUACACUUGGCAUCAGGCCGACCCAUACCAAGCAUUCCCUGACCAGAUUGAAACGCCCAGCCUCAAGCAACCAUUCACUACGACUAUUGUAUUAACCGUCGAGUGUCCGCAAGUGACGUGGGCCCGACAUGUUGAUCUUUCACUUCAUGAUAGCAAACAAGGGAACUCGUCCGUAGCUUUUUACACCUCUACGCUGCAGCUUCCACUAUCUGUCUCGACAACUGACAAAACCUUCCUGCCGACAUUCCAUUCCUGUCUUGUUUCUAGGACUUACGAUGUCUGCCUGCGUCUUACGUUCAAAAAGGGGUAUUUGACAAUUAUAGCACCUCUCCAAAUUAUAGCUGAACCUUGA